CCUUGUCAGGUGAGUCUGUGUGUAGAAGUUUGCCAUGCGUCUGGCUCUACAUGGGGAACACCAUCAAGGCCCUUGUGGCCUUCAUCCCUGGUGACCGUUGCCAGAACUACGUGGUCGGAGACCUCCAGGAGAUGCCACUGGACAAAAUGGUGGAUCUGAGUGGGAGCCAGCUACGCCGCUUCCCUGUGCAUGUGUGCUCCUUCACAGACCUGGUCAAGCUCUACCUCAGUGACAACCACCUCAAUAGCCUGCCUCCAGAGCUGGAGCAGCUGCAGAACCUGCAGAUCUUAGCCUUGGAUUUCAACAACUUCAAGGCUUUGCCUCAAGUGGUAUGUACCUUAAAACAGCUCUGCAUCCUCUACCUGGGCAACAACAAACUCUGCAACCUCCCUAAUGAGCUGAGGCUGCUCCAGAACCUCCGGACCCUUUGGAUCGAAGCUAACUGCCUCACCCAGCUGCCGGACGUGGUCUGUGAGCUGAGUCUCCUUAAGACUUUGCAUGCAGGCUCCAAUGCGCUGCGUCUUCUACCCGGUCAGCUCCAGCGCCUCAGCGAGCUAAGGACCAUCUGGCUCUCAGGAAACCUGUUGACUGAAUUUCCCGCUGUGUUGCUUCAGAUGCCUUUACUGGAGAUAAUUGAUGUGGACCGGAACAGCAUCCGUUACUUUCCCAGUCUGGCCCACUUGUCAGGUCUGAAGCUGGUUAUCUAUGACCAUAAUCCUUGCAGAAAUGCGCCCAAGGUAGGGAAGGGUGUGCGCCGUGUUGGAAGAUGGGCAGAGGAGACACCAGAGCCCGACCCCAGAAAAGCCAGGCGCUAUGCAUUGGCCAAGGAAGAAAGCCAGGAGCCACUGGCCCCUGCCCUAUGUCCUUCUCUUUCUCCCAAUUCUUAAGGAGCUGCAGUCCAUCAAUGUCAAGGACCCAACUGCACGCUCUCAAGAUUUCUUCAUUACAGUGGGAUUAUUCUGUGUCAUUUGAGGGGUUAAUGCAAAGCAAUAAAGGAACACUAAGAAGUUUCUGACCAACAGCAUCUCUUCCAAAGAAAAACUGUGUGCUAUCAGUUUCCUUGGAAACCCAGAGUGCUCAUAAUUUCUUUGCAAGAAAAAAAAGCUUCUCCAAGCAGUUAUUUUGAGCAAGAAAGGCUCACAUUUGCCUCUUUCACACUCCAAAAGUGACUAAUGAGGCCCAUGAAAUCCUCAAAUAAGGUAUUUGUUAAAGAACCCACUAACUGUUCAGAUGAUCUAGCCCUGGCAGGACAUAUUUCUUUACUAUGAAUGACAAUGAACUUUAACAAGGUAUUGUUUCUAAUUCAGGCCACCAAAAAAGACAUUUUUAUUUAGCAGAUUCACACAAAAAAAGUUGUUUAUUGUUACAGAGGCUCAAAACAAAACAUUUCCCCCACCAUUUUAGCACCUGUUGAAGAAAAGAUCUCAGAUGGAGAAUUUCUCUUGGGGUUCGUUCAGAUGUUACUUUAAACUUAAUAGUGUUUCAUGCCGAUUUCUCAUUUUCCCCAAAGGUUUAACUCAAGGUCUACUACCAUCUGUUUAGGGAGCUUAGAUAUCACCUACAAAAUAGAACCUCUUUCCUUUGCCAUGCAGUCUCACUGAAGUCACACCUUGGGUUAUUGUUUUUUUUUGUACCGAGGAUUGAACUUGGGGGUGCUGGACAACUGAGCCACAUCCACAGCCCUAUUUUGUAUUUUAUUUAGAGACCAGGUUUUCAGUGAGUUGUUUAGUGCCUUCGGUUGUUGAGGCUGGCUUUGAACUCGUGAUUCUACUGUCUCAGCCUCCUGAGCCCCUGGUAUUAUACACAUGCACCACAGUGCCCGGCACACCUCGAAUUUUUGCCCACUACUUCCCUCUCCACCACCAGCAAAGCCCUUCUGCUUAUUACACUAAGAAACUGAGCUGAAUGGAAUCCCCCAUCACUGGAGAAAAAUCACAUCUUCAGAAUCAUAUUAAGUUAAAGGCAAUAGGUGAGAAACCUGGUAUUUGAACUAAGUACUUUGAAAUUUGAAUUGCAGACUGUAGAAUAUAUUGGAAGUUUGCCUCUUUUUAAAAAAUUUUAGAUGUUGGUGGACCUUUAUUUUAUUCAUUUAUUUAUAUGCAGCGCUGAAAAUUGAACACAGUGCCUCUCACAUGCUAGGCAAGUGCUCUACCGCUGAGCCACAACUCCAGCCCUGAAGUCUGCCUCUUUAUCCUCAGUGUAUCUGCUUUAGUUCCAGUUUAAUUUUUGUAGUUUUUCAACACUGUACAAACCUAGGUAUUUUGGCCAUUAUUUUGUUAAAUAUCUCAAUUGCGACCUUCCCAUGAAUAUACAAACUUAAAGAAAUUGCUGUCAGUGGGUGAUUUAAUAAACUUUUCAGCACACUAGGUCAGUUAUCUAAACUGAAGCACAAUGUAUUGAAUAUUUAAGGGAAAAAAAAAAAAGUACUUUUCCCAUAAGAGCACUUUAACCCAGUAAAGGUUAGUUCUAAAAUGAAAUAAGACUCACAUUUGCCAGAAAUAUUUCUUGUUACUACAGAGUUAAGUACCGUGUCACCACCUCCCAUCUGUAGACCAUCUGCAACCCACUGAUCAGUCAUCCAAGGAACCCUUUUAAUCAUUAAAUAGAUUUGUACUAUAUAUAAGUUUUUAGUAAUGAGUCCAGAUUUCUAUUAAAACAGAAUUUCUCUAUUUUCUUAUUUCUAAUAAUUAAAAUCAAAUGAUGUUAAAAACGUUUGUCCAACAGAAUUUACCUUCUAAACUUUGUACCAGUUUAUGGAUUAGUUUUUGUGUUUUUUUUUUUUUUUGAGAGGGAGGGGAGAUAACAGGGAUUGAACCCAGGGGUACUUAAUCACUGAGCCACAUCCCCAGUUCUGUUUUGAGACAGGGUCUUGCUAAGUUGCUGAGGCUGGCAUCAAACUUGAGAACCUCCUGCCUCAGCCUCCUGAGCAGAUGGGAUACAGGCAUGCCCCAACACACCUAGUGCUGACUUUGUUUUGAAUUGUCUUUCUCCUCCCUAGUUUAAUGGGCCCACAGUUUCCAAUGUAAGCUGCAGGCUACACAGUUAUAAAACUGAGUGAAGUCAAUUAUCCAUAUAAUGUUCUCACUGAAUGAACUUACUACUCUGCGUCAAAAUGUUAAAAUUAUAAACAUUUUGGCCUAUGGUCAAGCUGUUUU